GGAUCCUGGCGGGCCCUGGAUGGCUGAAGAAGCCCCCAAGGACCCCUCAAAGCCCAUCGGUGCCUGGGAGGAGACAAAACCUCCCCAAUGGAAGAGUUGGCAAAAGAGCCCACAGCAGAAGCAGGAGCUGUGUGUGCCUCAGCCCUUCCAUGCCGAUUCACCAGCCUACUGUAACGCCUGCUUGAUGAGGCUAGACUCGGAGGAGAAAGAGGCUCUGGAUUACAUCGAAGCCUUUCUCACGAGCAAUGAACAGGACGAGGCCAAGAAACUCAAGUUCUUGGAUUCCAUCAGCACCCUCAGAAGCCUGCCUGCUUUUAUGAACAAAGCCCUGCUAGUGGAGAAGAUAAAGGAGCUGAUUGAUCACGAGUCCGUCGACUCCCUGACCGGCGUGAUGCGUCAGCAAGCUAUGCUCGCCAUCAUGAAGCUGAGCAAAAUGAAGCUACCGGUGCGGAUCCUGACACAACCCAGCCUGCUCGCCACCUGCUUCUCCAGCAUCUUCUCCCUGCCUCCAGCACACACCAUGGAGGAGGUGGAGGCUGCUCUCUACACCAAAACUUUGAAAACCAUGGAUGAGAUGCUGAAGGCCUUGGUGUGCGAGGAUCAGGAGCCCAACCUUCUGGUGCUGCAAAUCAUCUUGAAGGUCCUGCUCCCCUGGACCACAUCCAGGGAGGUACAUGAGCGGCUGAGGGCAGUGGGAAGGAUCAGGUGGCUGAUGGAAUUCAUGGGGUCUCAGUGCAAAUUCCAGGAAGUGGAGGAGUUCAGAGUCCUGGGCCAGCUGGUGGGGUGUCUCACUCUGUGCUGUGUGGAGCAGGAGCAGGAGAUCUGGCAAUCGGCUGUGGAGGGACUUCACCACCUCUUCUCCUUCAUGCAGCUGCUAAAAUCCAAAAUGCUGGUGAAGCACGGCGCAGAGUAUCGGCAGAUCCUCAAGGACAGUCAAACUGAGAGAGCCUUCUGGGUCACCAACAUCAGCAAUAUCACAUCGCUGUUUGGGAAGUACUUCAACCCAUCCGAGAGCAUGGACUUCCUCCUCAUUGCUAUCGACGGCGUGAGAGACUCCAGCGUCCAUGACGCAGUGACGGCCAGGAACAUGCUGCAUAAGAUCCUGGAGGUUCCCGGCCUAGGCUUGGUGAGGGUGUCAGAGGCUGUGAGGAGCAUUCAUAAGCACCUGGACUCCAUCAGCGAGCCACUUGCCCGGCAGGAGCUGCUCAGGGCCCUUCUCCUGCUGGGUUCCCAGUUCAGCGAGGAGGUGGUCGGAACCCUGCUGGGCUGCUCACUGUCAUGUGACAGUGUUGCUGCGGAGAUGUGGAAGAUGCUGACAUCCCAGCCCAAGAGCACAGAAAAGAUCCUUAGGGAGCUGGUCAGCAGGCUGCAGGGGCAGGCUCCACGACGGCAUCAGCUCUCUCAGAGACCGGCCGGCGUCGCCUCCUGGCCGUAA